AAGGUUCAAAACUUUCCCGCUUAAAGCAGUUAAAGAGAGUGAUGAACUCAGUUUCUGGGUUAUGGAGUCCCAAAGAAAGAAAAUGUUUCUCUUUCCUCCAACAAUGGCAGAAUGCUCGAUCACUCCUUCAAAUCCAUGCUUUCAUUCUCCGCAAUACCCUUGAUUCUAAUCUAAGUAUACUCACCAAAUUCAUAGCUGCCUGUUCUUCACCUUCAUCAGCAAGUCCCGGCAUUCGACAUGCACGCCAAGUGUUCGAUCAAAUUCCUCAAAGAAACGAUUCUUUUCUUUGUAAUGUCAUGAUUAAAUCCCAUAUUGAUAAUCAUCAAGUUACUGAUGCUUUGAUUCUUUUUAGAGAUUUGAGGAGAACGACGCAAUUUGUUCCUGAUAAUUAUACAUAUUUGUUUUUGACGAAAUCUUGUGGGUUGAAUUUGUACAAUUGGGAAGGUCAACAGCUUCAUAAUCAUGUAAUUAGAACUGGGUGUGGAUUGGAUUUGUUUGUUUCGACGUCUAUGGUUGAUAUGUAUGGGAAAAUGUGUGAUAUGGUUUCUGCAAGGAAGGUGUUUGAUGAAAUGUCUGUGAGAAAUGUUGUGUCUUGGACUGCUAUGGUUUGUGGGUUUGCAAGGGUAGAGGAUAUUGACAAUGCUUGGAAAUAUUUUGAUGAGAUGCCUGGGAAGGAUGCAUCAGGUUAUAACGCGAUAAUUGGUGCAUUUGUCAAGGUCGGUGACAUGAAUUUGGCUCGGAGUUUGUUUAAUGCAAUGCCGGAAAGGAAUGUGAUCUCGUGGACGAGUAUGAUUUCUGGGUUUUGUGAAAAUGAUGACAUUGAGUCGGCUAGGUUGUUUUUUGACUCUAUGCCUAGGAAGAGUCUUGUUUCUUGGAACGCGAUGAUUAGUGGUUAUUGCAGGAACAAACAACCACGCGAAGCUGUGAAGUUGUUCCGUGAAUUGCAGUUGAAUGCAGUGCUUGAAGCUGAUGAAGUCACUAUCAUCAGCAUUCUUCCGGCAGUAGCUGAAUUGGGUGCAUUAGAUUUCGGAUGCUGGGUUCAUCAAUAUGUGAAAAGGAAAAGGCUUGACAAAUCUAUCAAGAUAUGCACUUCACUGAUAGAUAUGUAUGCAAAAUGUGGAGAUAUAGACAAAGCCAGACGUGUUUUUGAAGAGAUUCCUGAGAAGGCAACUUCUUGUUGGAAUGCUAUUAUAAAUGGGCUUGCAGUCAAUGGCAAGGGAAGGGAAGCAGUAAAUGAGUUUGAGAACAUGAUAUAUAGAGGUUACACACCAAAUGCAAUAACAAUGAUUGGUGUUUUGUCAGCUUGCAGCCAUAGUGGUUUGGUUGAGGAGGGAAAGAAGUGGCUCAAUGCAAUGGAGAGCUUCGGACUAGCCCCUACAAUUGAGCACUAUGGCUGUGUGAUAGAUCUUUUGUGUAGGAUAGGUAGUUUGGAUGAAGCUGAGAAAUUGUUAGAAUUCAUGCCAUAUGAGGCGAAUGAGAUAGUCAUUAGUUCCUUCCUUUCUGGUUGUGUGAACUGGAAAGAUUUGCCUAGUGCAGUGAGAGUUUUGAAACGAGCAGUUGAAAAGAACUCAUUAAGUUCUGGGAACUAUGUUUUACUAAGGAACUUGUAUGCCAUGGAAAGAAAAUGGAUAGAAAUGCGGGAAAUAAAAGGGUAUAUGAGAACAAUUGGUGUAAAAAAGGAAGCUGGUUGCAGUGCUAUUGAAGCUGAUGGCAUGGUUUGUGAGUUUAUGUCAGGGAGCAUAAUGCACCCUCAUCAGGAGAAUAUACUUCCAGUAUUAAAGCAGCUUCAAAUGCACAUGAAGAAGAUAGAUGACGAGAACAUGUUGGAAUCGUGUAUUGCUGAAGUAACGUUGCAAACUUGAUAAUGUUUGGUCAGUAAACUGUUCAUUAGUUCUUUACACACUUGAUUUCUGGUAAUGUCCUCUCUAUGAUCUAAGAUUUUAAAAGAACAGAUGUAGUUAGAUGGCUAGACCGAUUAUAGUGGUGAAUGAAGGUGGUGAAGUAUAAGUGGAGCUGAUCAUCGCUUUUACAACCAAUAACCAUUUCAUUAUUGACAGAACAAGAAAGUUGCAGUGUGGAAUGGAGGAAAACUGGACAUCACAACUUAUUAGCUGGGAUUUCUUAUUAUCGUCAUCU